UGCACGCAUGCACGCCCAACACAUCAAUAUACACUUCUGCUUACCCGCCGCCUCGUGAACUCCUCCUCAUUCUUCCAGAGCCAUUGGCGCGGAUCUACUCUUGUCUUUCCUCCACCUGCUUCUAUAUUUCAUUCCGGACUGGAUUGGGAGCCCACCUCCUCUGACUAAUACGCGCGAUUUGAACAGCGCGAAGAACCGUUAAUUCUACCGAGGAACUGCUGCUGUACUUCGUAGCUGUAAGCGGGCUUGGAUGAGAUCCCAGGUUCUUCUUCUUGCUGCAGCCCUUCCUACCGCAGUUUGCUUCACGGGCUCUCUGCCUCUACCGCUAACAAGAUGUGCUGGAAACCGCGGGCAGAGUGGCAGCGUUUUUCCUCGUUGGAGCUCCGUGCCGGGCACUCCGGAUGUCUUCCCGCCGGUGGAAUCCGACAUCGAAAUUCCGCAAGAAGAAUCGCACGGUAGCAUUCUGAGCAACUCGGCUCUCGUCGCAGGCAAUAUGAUCGGCGCCGGAGUUUUGGCGCUGCCUUCUGUGACGGGCGCACCAGGAUUUGUUCUCAGCUCAACAGCGAUGGUCGUCGUGUGGGGGUAUUGUCUUUGUUCGGGGAUACUAGUUGCGGAAUGCGCUGGACAGGGCCGAAGCUCUGUCCAAGAGAUGGCGGAAGCAUCCGUGGGCAAGACUGCAGGAAACUUCAUGUGUGCAGCCUUUCUGAUGAGCAACUAUCUCCUGAUGGUAGCCUACAUCUGCCAAGGCGCGUCCUCAUUGCCGUUAUUUCGGCCCGAGUUUUGCGGCCCGGUUUUCACGAGCUGCAUGAAGGAUUUCCACCUUGCACCUCUGCUCUUCACCGGAUUGGUAGGAUCCGUAUCCUUGUGGGGACCGGCUAGAUUUGUGGAAGCCGCCAACACGGCUUUGGUGGGAUUGAUCGCGAUUUCGUUUGGUGGCCUCGUGGCAACCGGUCUACCUCGCGUCGACGUUGCGCUACUUGGACUAACGCCGGACGCCUCUACCCUGCCAGCGAUGCUCCCGGUGGCGCUCUGCGCCCUUACUUUCCAGAACGUUGUGCCUGCUGUCUCGAAGAACCUGAACGGGGACGCGAGGAAGAUCAAGGCUUCGCUCGCUAUUGGCUCCGGACUCCCACUGAUGACAUAUAUUCUCUGGAACGCUGUCGUGCUCGGAAGCACCGGUAGCCUGGACCCCAACUCAGCCGUUGAAAUGGUGUCACCUCUGGACGCACUUGCGGCGACAUCCCCGGCGCUUGCAUCACUGGUUUCAGUUUUCAGCAUAUCGGCGAUUAUCACAUCAUUCUGGGGCGCGGCGUUUUCUCUCAUGAUAGAACUGACGCACCUGGUUGACGCCCUAAUGUCGGAACGGAGAAUUGGCAUAUUCGACACCAUUGGACAGUUUCCAAUGGCUGAUGACGCUCGCUCGAUCGACGAGGUUGCUCGUCACGACCAAAACGUCAAACUAUGCGCAACCGGACUGGUUUUGGUUCCGCCGACAGUGGUGAGCAUGGCCUGCCCAGACUCAUUCCUAACUGCCCUAGAUUAUGCCGGCAUCUAUGUCGACCCGUUCUUGUACGGUCUCGCCCCCGCGUGCAUGGCGUACUACAUGCGCAGUGGUGACGGUCAUAGAGCUCAGUUACCUGGUGGCACAGGUGGUCUUGCUUUCGUCGCUGUUGUGACCAGCGGAUACAUUGCUUGGCAGACAUUUCUGCGCAUGGGUUGAGGGGUUGAAAAGUAUGUCGUAUAUUCGUACCAGACACAUCGAAAGCCGUUUUGGUGGGUGUAUUUUCAGUUGCCUGGUGGCACAGCUGGUCUUCCUUUCGUCGCUGUUGUCACCGGUGGACACAUUGCUUGCAGCCGUUUCUGCGGAUAGGUUGAGGGAUAGAAAUUAUGUUGUAUAUUCGAUCCAGCCGCACCUGCAGCCGAUUUCGGUAGGUGGUUUGUUUUGCGUGCAAUUUUGGUGUUGCAGGUUGUUUGCGUAGGUGGAAGGUGGUGCGCAAAGUUGCCCACGCCUCCUUACGUCAACUCAGUGUUCCUUUGCGGGUUUUGUGUAUUGGCGCAAUCGUUGCAGCUGGUAUAGGUAUGGGUGUUAAAUCACAGCAAUCAUUGCAGCUGGUUUAGGUAUGGGCGUGAACAAUACAGCAGUGGACCUGAAUCUGUGAGGAAGUAAUUACUGGCGGGGCGAUCAGGGAGUGUACAAAGGUUGUUGUACAAAAGUUGACGACACCAUUGCGAGCGGUACCAGUGACCUAUGUAUAAUUUUUGGACGAGGGCACGCAUGAGCGUCUUUCCUUCUGUUCUGGCACCAUUUUUGCUUCCUUUUCUGGAGUUGAAGCACUCAAGGCAGAAGUGUUCCAUGUGUUUAUUAUAUUCUUGUCCUUGUCGGGUCGAAAAGAAAGGAUGAGAAACAGAUAUCUAAAGACUGGUGUGUUAACGUCAGGUGUGAUGGUAGCCAAAUCCCCCCCCAGCUAUUAGUCGAGAGAUGUACAGAGUGGUUUGUGAACGAGUGAUGGUAGACUAUUUUUCCUCUGCUAGCUGAGAGAGAGGCGGACGCUGCCGCGGAAGAUGGGCUAUACGUAGUUUCUGCGAAUUCGUCGAGUUUUGGAGAAGUAAAACACUUGAGUUCUGCCGAACGUGGGAUGUCGGGGUCAAUACUGAGUGAUUCCCUUGUGUGCCGUUUUGUGUCACCGAAGCCGUCUGGUAAAUAAGUUUUAAUGGCUUUUGCCCUGUCGAAUUGUUGCUCGAGGUGGUAUGACUAUUUUUGUGUGCGGCGUGGACAUGAUGAUGUCGAGAGCAAAGGUCACUUACUAAGGAUUACGUCCAGGAGCCUU